CUACUUCCGUCUUAUUUUAAGUGGGCCGAUUUUUUUUUCGUGUCAAAUUCACCUAAAGACAUUAAAAACAUAAUUCAUGUUCGAAUGUAUUCGACCAGUUACCGGGUUCAGGUCAGGCAGACUGGUCUCUCAAAUCAGAAAAGUGAUUCCCAGUUUACGGAAGACGUAAUCCGCAGUCACAAUGAAUACAGAAAGAAACAUGGCGUGCAGCCUCUGACGCAUGCGUCCGAUUUAUCUACACAAGCUCAAAGAUGGGCGGAGGUUCUGGCCACGACGAACACCUUCAAACACAGCAGCAUCUCAUUAAGAGGGGAAAGGCUGGGGGAAAAUAUAGCCAUGAAGUGGUCCUCCAAUCCACAGGACUCGUACCCUGGUCAAGAGGUAACAGACCAAUGGUACAGUGAAAUAAAAUUCUUUAACUUCGGCACUGAGCCCAGGAACCUUUCAGCAGGACAUUUUACACAAGUUAUCUGGAGAGGAAGCACGGAAAUUGGAGUCGGAAGAGCGCGUUCGAAAGAUGGGAAAAUUAUUGUCGUGGCGAACUAUAGGCCUGCUGGUAACGUUGUUGGAAGGUUUACAGACAACGUUCCAGCCCCCGCCACAGGUGUUCAAAGAAGACCAUAUGGGCUGACAGAACCAAACCUCAAAAGGGAAUCAAGUCCAUUGGCGUGUAAUUCAAAGGCAACAACUUUUGAUAAAUAUAGAAGUGGAAGAAUGGAAUCAAAAUCUACAAGAACUUUUACUGAAACUACUGGAAGUGGAGCCAAUAAAAUUACGAAAACUAUAGUGGAAGAAACUAUCAUCAAAGCAGAUGGUUCCAAAGUCACCAAUCGAAAAGAAACCAUUACACACGGAGAAAAGGGUGGAGCCAGUUCAUCUGGACCAUUAAUGUUAGAGAGAGGAAGAGAAAAGGAGAAGGAAAGUAAAAAGGAUAAAGGAAGUGGUAUGCUAGGGGUUGGUAUUAUCCUUAUAUAUCAAAUGAAAUCAAACUGAUUUUAAAUACAAUCU